AUGCUUAAAUCCGUCACUAAGAAGCUGAAGCCCUUUAUCGAAGCCAAACUUAACGAGGAGUACGUCUCGAUAGCGAACGAUGCAAAUUUGUACUGUCUUGAUUACAUCGAGGAACGAUUGAAACGCUCAAAUAUCGAGUCUGAUCUUGAAUUUGUCCGUCCUCAAGCCGUGUCCGAAAAAAUUACCUCCAUCUCUGCAAAAAUAAUCGAAGUUGGCGAGCUACUGGAGACUUGCUACCCCCAUCUGUACAACAACGUCUCUAAACAGCUUAAGGUGAAGCUCCGAAGCGAGGUGAUCGUUGGUGAUAUUUUCCGCAACUUUGGCCGCGAACUUUUUCGAGAGGGAGUCACAUGGGGAAGAAUCAUCGCGUUGUUUGCAUUCGCUGCGGCUGUAAGUGCGGACUGUAUACACCAGGGACGACCCGAGCUGGUUAAAACAGUGUUAAACUGUGUGCGGCUAUAUGUACUGGAUCAUUUGGCAGUUUGGAUUAGAAGUCAGGGUGGCUGGGUAAGCUUUCAG